AUGGACAACGAACUUCGCCCAGGGUUGAGCCUGAGCGGCACCUCCACACCUGAACGUAUUGACCAAGGCGAUAUCACUCCUGACAGAUCUAGUGUCGUCUUUCCUGACCCCGGCAUCCCACCUGAAGAAAUCGUGGAGCGACUGCGAGAAAUUCGCGUCAAAUUCCGCUCUCACGAUGAACACAUGCCAGCUCCAGAAUAUGGCGAAGACGCACACGGAGAGUCAACUCCUCGCGAUGAUAUGGGCGCCGAUUUGGAAAAGGGUGAGACGGCCAAAUCAGAUGCCAGCGGUGCAGACGGCAAGAACGGUCUGACUCGACAUCCGAGAGAUGCACUGACACCAGCUAUAAACCCGCCUGAAUUAAUUGACGAUAUUCCUCCUCUUGGAAGUCCGCAGGCUGAGCACCAGCACGAUGCCGCGGAGGAGGCACACCGUGCACUUCGUGGAGUUGGUCUGCACCAUGGUGUGAGGAAACGACCCAAACACUUUCGGUUGAAUUCAUCAGAGUCGGUAACAAGCGUUGGUGGUUCAGAAACGGAUUCUGAACCGCCUCCACAGGGAGAAGGUGUGUUGUCGUAUCUCCUCAAAUUGCAUGCUCACCACUCUUUAUCUGGACGAAGUACACCGCAGACGCCCGACAGUGGCGCUGCAACUCCCAAAAGUGGUGCGACUACACCUAUCAGUGGCGCCGUGACUCCAAGGAAGAAGGUGAAAUGGUACAGCAAGCAUUCCCCGAAUCAAUCAACCAUGUCUCUGGUUGGUGCUGGGUUGAAUCUCGGCACACAAGGAGCACCCAUGGCGAUGGAUGAUUUGAAAAAGUCUGUUGCCAGUAAGCGAGAGAUGAUGAUGAUGUCGUCCGGCAAGAGUGGUAAAAAGGCCAAGAAACGGCUCAAAGAUCAUAUUGCUGCGCGUAUUGCAUCGAUCAUUACUAGACAGCGGUACUUGAUAACCCUGUGUCGGGCAAUGAUGCGGUUUGGAGCUCCGAGUCAUCGGCUGGAAGAGUACAUGUCGUUGACUGCGCAGGUGUUGGAUCUACACGCUCAGUUCCUGUACCUGCCUGGGACAAUGAUCAUCUCUUUUGACGACUUGGCCACACGUACCACAGAAGUCAAGCUAGUACGAGUUGCACAAGGAGUGGAUUUGGCUCGUUUGGAGGACACUCAAGACAUUUACAAGAACUUGGUGCACGAUAAGAUUACCGUCGACGAAGCCAUCACCGAACUCGAAGCGGUGAUCAACCGUCCGCCCAAAUAUCCCACCUGGCUGGUUGUACUCUGUUAUGGAUUUGCUUCUGUGGCUGUCGGCCCUUUUGCCUUUCAGGCACGGCCCAUCGACAUGCCGAUUACUUUUUUCCUUGGCUGCUUGUUAGGUUUGCUUCAACUUGUCUUCUCUCCUCGAUCUAGUCUCUAUUCGAACGUUUUCGAAGUUGUCGCCACCAUCCUUACAUCCUUCCUCGCACGUGCUUUUGGCAGUAUUCGUCAUGGCGUGGUAGACGGCACACAACAAUACUACUUUUGCUUCUCAUCCAUGGCACAAUCCUCAAUCGCCCUGAUCCUACCGGGAUUCCUCGUCCUAAGCAGCAGUCUCGAACUGCAGUCUCACCAAAUCAUCCCCGGAUCAAUCCGCAUGGUCUACGCCAUCAUCUACUCUCUGUUUCUCGGAUACGGCAUCACGGUCGGAACAACAAUAUACGGGCUAAUGGACCCCAAAGCAAACCCCAACACGACCUGUUCCGGCGAACUCAUCGGCAACAAUCCCUACGUCCAACGCUUCCCCUUCGUUGCCAUCUACGUCGUUUUUCUCGUGAUCAUCAACCAAGGAAAAUGGAAACAAGUCCCCGUCAUGAUCCUAAUCGCCGAAGCAGGCUACAUCGUGAAUUACUUCAGUAACCUCAAACUCGAAUCAAACCCAGAAUUAGCAAACACCCUCGGCGCAUUUGCGAUCGGCGUUUUGGGAAAUUUGUACAGUCGGAUAUGGCACGGUCACGCCGCAACGGCAAUUUUACCAGCUAUAUUUGUACUGGUCCCCUCCGGUCUGGCAUCGCAGGGCUCCUUGGUGUCCGGUGUACAAUCCGCAUCCGCGAUUCGAGCGAAUAUUACAGGUGACCACUCGAAUUAUGCGCAGGCAUCAUCAUCGGAUAGUUCGAUUUAUUCAAUGGGAUAUGGUAUGAUUCAAGUCGCUAUUGGGAUCACUGUGGGGUUGUUCCUGUCUGCUGUGGUCAUUUAUCCGUUGGGAAAACGGCGAACGGGAUUGUUUUCUUUUUGAUUUUGCAUCCUGAGCAUUCUUUGCAUUCUUUUGGGUUUUCUUUUCCUUGCAUGUAUAGACGGUAUAUUGAUUGCAUUUUGCAUAGCGUUGCAUAUUGGGUUCAAGGUUAGCGUA